AUGGACGCAGACUGGGACGAGAUUGCCCGGGUCCCGUUCCCUCCACCGAACCUCCAUGCGAUGCCGACUCCCGUGUCAACGAUGACCUUCGACAACCUCCAAGAGCUUCUGUGGACAGGCAAUGAAUAUGGUCGCGUCACCUCGUUCUACGGGGCAGAGCUCCAGCGGUACACCUCGUUCAAGGCGCAUGCAGCGACGGAAGGACCAGUGCGGCAGAUCCUGGUCAACGAUAAAGGUGUGAUAGCGUUGGGAGCCAAGGACCUGCAUAUGGCGAUGCGGAGGGGACUUCCGCAAUGGCAUAUCAGACACCCUGACAUGAAGGACCUGAAAUGCAUGAGCUUCACAUCAAAGGGAACCGCUGAAGUGUUACUGGCAGGUCUGCAGGAAGUAAUGCUCGUUGUAGACCUCAAUAAGGGUGAGGUCACAAAGCAGAUACCAACGGAGCACCGCUACACCAUAAUGCGUCGCGGGAGGUACAUCUGCGCGGCAACAAAGACGGGGUCAGUCCACCUACUUGACCCCAUCAGCUUUGCAGUGGUUAGGACAUGGAACGCCCACUCAGCCCUGAUCAGCGACAUGGACGCGCAGCACGACUUUAUAGUUACGUGCGGUUACUCACUACGCCAGGGUCAGAACUAUGUUCUAGACCCUUUUCUCAAUGUCUUUGACAUCAAGCAAAUGUCUUCCAUGCCACCAAUUCCCUUUCCAGCCGGGGCUGCGUACAUACACAUUGUUGAUCUCAUGAACCCCAAUUCUAGCAAUGUCCGUCAGGCCAAUGUUCUGACAUACCUCGCCAUGUUCGACGUCGCACCAUCCGGAGAAGCGAUUGCAUUGACAGAUGCCGACUGUCAGAUACAUCUCUGGGGCUCACCUAGCAAGAUGCACUUUGUUGACCUGCCAGCGCCUGUGGAGUUUGCUACCCCCGAAGAGCCGUCGCCGCAGAUAGAAUGGACUGCCGAUACACCCUCGAAUCUAAUAGGCUUGCCGUACUAUCGAGAGUUGCUGGCAUCUGCCUGGCCGGAGAAUGUCAGCGAUGUAGGCGCACCUCCCGUAAAGUACGAUCCACAGUUCCUCGCCUCGCUCAAACCAAGCGAUUUUGGCCUCUACGGUCGCAACACCCGUGGGCUGCGGCGAAACCAAGUCGAGCUUACCCGAGAUUCCGAGAAGCAGGCAAAGACGGGCCUCAAAGCACCCAAAUUCCUCAGCGAGAAAGCGAGAGAGUCAGUUCAGUCCAUUGGCGGCGGGGACGAUAAGGCGGACGACCUUGCCAGUCCACUUGGGGACACGACAAUAGACAGCAAGAAAGCAGAGGUGCCAGUGAUGUAUCGCAGUGUCGAGAUCAAGUACAGCAAAUUCGGUGUGGAUGAUUUCGAUUUCGGUUUCUACAACAAGACGCGGCACUCCGGUCUUGAGACGCACAUUUCGAAUUCCUAUGCUAACGCAUUGCUACAAAUCCUGCACUUUACACCUCUUGCCACAAACUUGCUCAAGACGCUGAGCAACUAUCCCCAAGCUGGUGCCCUGGGCUUGCUGGAAGAGGACCCGCACAACACGUCUGUCAAUAUCAUGCUCCAGGGGUUGACUCGCUUCUUGCUUGAUCGAUUCGCGCAAGACUACAAACCAUUGUCGCCGAACCCAGCGGCAAUGGAGCAGGUGUUGAAACACAGCAUAGAGCGCGAGACUACGUCCAAGGGCUGGUGUAGCCGGUGCCAGAGAUACCAAACGAUAUCAACGAGGAAGACUGUGCACAACAUACCAGCAGUCUUGAUGUUGAAUACCACCAUCACGAGCCAAGAACACAAGAUGCUCUGGGCGACUCCAGGCUGGCUCCCGGAGGAGAUUGGCAUCAUAGUGGAGCAAGGCCAAUUCUUCUGUUACGAGGGCGAAGACCUCAAACUGCACCUGCAGAGGGGGAUACACAACAUAACUGUCUACUCUCUUGUGGGCGCUGCCGUCAACAUUGAGAACGGCCAGGCACAAAAGCCGCAUCUUGUGUCUAUAAUCAAUGUUGCACACGCUGAACCCACUGACCCUGGGAAAAGCAAAUGGCACUUAUUCAACGAUUUCCUCGUACGCUCGGUGACUGCCGAGGAGGCUCUGACAUUCAACACCGCGUGGAAGCUGCCAUCGGUGCUGGCAUUCCAAGUCAAGGAAGCCAAUAACCAGAUGGACACCUCAUGGAAAAUAACGCUCGAUACCUCGUUGCUGUACCAAGAUUUCAAGUAUGAGCAGUACCUUGCGCGCGUGAACCGUUCACUGACAGUUGCUAGCCCCAACGCGGAUCCAGCUACCAAGACGUACCAGGUGCUGAACCCAAACACGGAGGCUCCAGGCCCCGGCAUGAUCAUUGCUCUUGACACCGAAUUCGUUGCUGUACGGCAGCCAGAGAUCGAAAUGAACUCGGAUGGCGAGCGAGAGACAAUCCGCCCCAUAGUAUACGCCCUGGCUCGUGUAUCUGUCGUUCGUGGGCAGGGCCAAGACGAGGGGAAACCGUUUAUCGACGAUUACAUUGCUAUCAGAGAGCCGAUCGUCGACUACCUCACUUCCUACUCUGGUAUCACACAGCAGGAUCUCGACCCGCGCGUGGCCAACCACUGCAUUCUGUCCUUGAAAAAGGCUUACAAGAAGCUCUGGAUCUUGCUCAACCUCGGCUGCAAGUUUCUCGGCCACGGCCUCAAGCAGGACUUUCGCGUCAUUAACAUCCAUGUACCCAAGGUGCAGGUCAUUGACACAAUCGACUUGUUCUUCCUCAAGGCGCGCCUCCGCAGGCUCUCUCUAGCGUUCUUGGCGUGGUAUCUGCUCAAGGAGGACAUCCAGCUGGAGACGCACGACUCGAUCGAGGAUUCCAGGACGGCACUAAAAUUAUAUCGGAAAUUCCUCGAGUUUGAGGAUGCAGGUAUUCUAGAUCAGAUGCUGCUGGACAUAUACCGAGUCGGCCGGGAUGUUAACUUCAAGCCGCCGCGGAAGGAGGGCCAAGGAAUCCAAAGAACGGACACACCACCGCUCCCAGCAGAGGGCUCGACUGGCCCGCCGACGACUCCUAAGAGGGACUCGGGCUCUUUGACGGCCAGCGUCCCUGGUUCGGCAUUUGGAGGGACUUUAAGCUGGACGCCUGGUAAGGGAUCGCCAAUGAGAUAA